CAUAGCUACGCACAAGUAUGGCGGCCUGAGAGUUGUGACAACUGUUUUGAUGGUGUAAAUACUAUUUUAUUCCACUUGUAAAACAGCCUUUCUUCGGAAUUCGUAUUUAUCUGAACUAAGUAACCACAUGGCCACUCAGAGAAGGCCAGAAGAAUAAGAAAGCACAAACGGAGUGAGAGACAGCUGAAAAGAUAAAAUCUGUUGACCACCAUGCCAUCCGCCUGUGGCUCUCUGAUUGAUGACAUUGAGGACAUGGUGUCUUCUAGCGACCCAACUCCUCACGAGAGACAGUCUGCUAGAAAGAAUAUCAUACCGAGGUCCAGGAAGAACAGAACAGAGCUGCUGAGCAAUGAGGAACUCCAUGCUGACAGUUUGAUCCCUGGCACCCAAAAAAUCUGGAUGAAAACGUGGGGCUGCAGUCAUAACAACUCCGAUGGAGAGUACAUGGCCGGACAGCUAGCUGCCAGCGGAUACAAGAUUACUGAGGACCCUACGGAAGCAGACCUGUGGUUGCUCAACAGCUGCACUGUGAAAAACCCUGCAGAGGACCACUUCAGAAACUCAAUCAAAAAAGCCCAGGAACAGGAUAAAAAGGUGGUAGUAGCAGGUUGUGUUCCCCAGGCCCAGCCACGGAUGGACUACCUCAAAGGACUCAGCAUCAUUGGGGUCCAGCAGAUUGAUCGAGUGGUGGAAGUAGUGGACGAGGCCGUUAAAGGCCACUCAGUUCGUCUUUUGGGUCAGAAGAAAGACGGAGGCCGGAGGCUUGGAGGGGCUAGACUGGACCUGCCCAAGAUCAGGAAGAACCCUCUCAUUGAAAUCAUCUCCAUUAACACUGGGUGUCUGAACGCAUGUACCUACUGUAAGACUAAGCAUGCCAGAGGAGACUUGGCCAGCUAUCCUGUCGCGGAGCUAGUGGAGAGAGCCAGGCAGUCUUUCCAGGAGGGAGUGUGUGAAAUCUGGCUGACUAGUGAGGACACAGGAGCUUACGGUAGAGACAUAGGGACAGACCUGCCCACAUUGCUGUGGAGACUGGUGGAGGAGAUUCCUGAAGGGGCCAUGCUGAGGCUGGGUAUGACCAACCCGCCAUAUAUCCUGGAACACCUAGAGGAGAUGGCUAAGAUAUUGAAUCACCCACGUGUCUAUGCGUUCCUUCAUGUUCCUGUGCAGUCGGCCUCAGACAGCGUCCUGAUGGACAUGAAGAGAGAGUAUUGCAUCGAUGACUUCAAAAAAGUGGUGGACUUCCUCAAAGAGAGGGUCCCAGGUGUAACCAUUGCUACAGAUAUAAUCUGUGGUUUUCCUGGCGAGACGGAUGAAGACUUCCAAGAAACAGUAGACUUGGUGAAACUCUACCGAUUCCCAAGUCUCUUCAUCAACCAGUUCUACCCCAGGCCCGGUACACCUGCCGCCAAGAUGGAGCAAGUACCAGCACAAGUGAAGAAGCAGAGGACUAAGGAGCUGUCACAACUCUUCCACUCUUACAACCCUUAUGACCACAAGGUAGGGGAGAGGCAACAUGUGUUGGUGACAGAGGAGUCAUUUGAUGCACAAUACUAUGUGGCUCACAACAAGUUCUACGAACAGGUGCUAGUACCUAAGAGGGUAGAGUUCAAAGGGAAGAUGAUUGAGGUGUACAUCUACGAGGCAGGAAAACACUUCCUGAAAGGCCAACCAAUAGAAGACAGUAAGCCAUUCACUCCCUCUAUUGCUGCACCACUUCAGAAAGGAGAGGUGUCUGGCCUGAUGCAGGAACAGAUGGCCAAUGGCGUCCAAGGUCCUGCUUCUGCAUCGCCUUCAUCCGUUUUAUUGAUGGGCCCUUACAGUCUGGACAGGGAAGUACUGAAGAAGCUGGGAAUCGGGCUCGCUCUGGCAGCAUGCAUCUUGGCCUUUAUUGUAGAGAAACUCUACUGAUAGAGCAACUAGAAGAAGGUUGUGAACAAGGGAGAGGACAGUGUCAUCAUAGGAGCCUUAACAGUGUGUUUGAAGUGGGUGAACUAAGUGAUAAAACUGUCUCCUUAAAAACAUACUGUAGCUCUCAUUCAAUUUCAAAAUAACCCAAAGAAAUGAAGUCAGUGACACCUACGGAGGCAAGGAUUGUUUGAAUACACUGUGAGAUAUCUCCUGUUGGUACAGUUAGCCGUUUUACUUUUAAAUUAAAGGGCAGAGUUCACAACUUGUUCAUUUUAUUUUAUUUUUUCUCCAAACAAAUUAAUGUCACUGACUUUUCUGUCAGUAAAGUAGGAACAACCACAUGGGCAAUGGCAGGUCAGUGGUCUUCACAGACCUUAGCAAACACUUUCUUAACAGUCCUUUUUGGUUCAAAUUACCUCAUAGUUAUACUAGAUUUGAAUUAGAAUCUAUCAAGGGUACAGAUUCCGUUUGUCAGGAAAAUGCUAUGCUUUGUCUAUGGUUCACUGAUGGCUGCAGCCUGUCAUUGUCCAUAAAUAAUAAUGUCCGUAAAUAAAUUGAAUAAUGCUUUUUGGGCCAGUGUAGCUGUUCCACAUAUAAAUCAACUAGUUUAACACAUUCUUGUCACGUUUACCAGAACAAAGUCUGAGGAUGAUGAAACUGUCGGUCCCUGUUCAGCUUGCUGAGUUGCAGAGUGAUUCUCAGGUGUUGAAUGAAUUAUCCAACUUUUUUUUUUUUGACAUACUGAGCAUGUAGAUCCAAGUAUUGUGCGUUUUUAGAGUUGCCCAUUCAACUGUGAUUACUUUACAGUAUGUGUUAUUUUAUUCUCUGGAAAGGAGUAAUAAUGUGUAUAAUACUUAGGUUAAGCAUCAUUUGUUACCUUCAUUUCAAAGUAUUUAUUUUUGAAUGAGAGACACAGACAGUAUAUUCAAACAAACAUUUUUGAAGUUGUUUUUGUUUCAUUUUAUGGUCUUUGCCCCACAUAUCAAAGAAAAAUAAUUAAUUUGUAAUGUACAUCUUACCUUAUACUGAUGGGUUAUAACACAACAAGCCAGGUGGACAAUGCUGACUGCUGAUUGUUGAUCAUUAUUGACUCAUCAUUUUUUCCUGCACACCCAAAGUCAUUUGUUUUAUUUGUGUGUGAUGACCAGCUCUGGUGCCAACUUGAUUGUUUCAUAUUUUCUUACUAAUACUCUUGUUACUUAUGGUGAAAAUAUAGUCUGAGUCAUUAUUGAGACAGUUUAUGUUUUUGUUUGUUUUGAUUAGCAUUGUUACAACCAUCCUCAACUGUUUAAUAAAGGACAAACUCCGUUUGUCAUGAGUGAAA